AUGACUUAUCGAUAACGAUUAUCGUGAUCGCAAUCACGCAUUUUCGUUUCAAAAAUCCGUUUCCGGUUUAAAAAUGCGGUUUAAUUAAAAAAACUUAAAUUGGAAUAAACGGCUGAAAAAGAAGCGUACGAAUAGGUUUUUUUUAUUAUUGCAUUAAGUGGACACAAUUUUGUAUCUUCGAUUUAACGACCGAUACAAUAUGAGUUCAGAAACAUAUAGUAAGAGUGCUGUGUCUCUGGUUGUGGGAUGCCGUCUUCAAGUCCUCAUGAAAGCGACUGGGAAGUGGCAACUGGCGGAGAUAUUAGCCAUAAAGGAAGUUGAUAGAAAGCGCCAAUUUUACGUCCACUACAUUGAUUGCAAUAAGCGACUGGAUGAAUGGGUAUCUAUUGAUAAUGUAAAAUUGCUGCAAAUGGAAAUUGACACCGACCGCGGCAGUUGCAGCGGCGCUGUUAAAAAUUCACAAGAGAAAAUUCAACGGAAUGCUGAACUCAACGGUGAAAAGUCCCUUGAGCUUCAAAGGUACAUACAUUGCGAACUCACGAAGGAUGCUCAAGAAGUUUCUAAUGUUAAGCCAAAGCUAUUUGACAAUGAUGAAAACACACAUAAGGAUGGAAAAGUAGCAAAUAUUAAAUCAUCUGGCACCGAGAAAAAAAUAGACGAGGAAGAUGUAAGGAAUGUGGAAUGGAUCGAGCUAGGAAAGUAUCGCAUCAAGCCCUGGUACUUUUCGCCAUAUCCGAAGGAGCUUUGUCAAGGGGAUUGCAUUUACUUGUGCGCAUUCUGUCUAAAAUAUUGUGGCUGUCGCGAGAGCUUGGGUCGUCAUUUAUCCAAGUGUACAUUAAAGCAUCCGCCUGGCAAUGAGAUCUACCGCAAGGACAGUAUUUCUAUGUUUGAGAUCGAUGGUCGUCGAAACAAGAUAUUUGCUCGAAAUUUAUGCUUACUGGCUAAACUAUUUUUAGAUCACAAAAAUCUUGAUUAUGAUGUGGAUCCUUUUCUCUUUUACGUAAUGACGGAGUUCGAUUCUCGAGGCUUUCACAUUAUCGGUUACUUCUCAAAAGAAAAAAUCAGCGCUGAUGGAAAUAACUUGGCUUGCCUAUUGACCUUACCGCCAUAUCAGCGCCAUGGCUACGGGAAACUGCUAAUUGAGUUCAGCUAUGAGCUUUCCAAAGUCGAGGGCAAAACAGGAUCUCCAGAAAAGCCACUGUCUGAUCUGGGCCUUCUGUCAUAUCGUUCUUAUUGGACAUGGGCUGUACUCGAGGUUUUAAUCAAUUACACUUCCGUACUUAAUGGCGACCGACCAAGCACAACAAUUAUUGAUAUUUCCGAACAAACUGGCAUACAUAAGGACGAUGUUAUUUAUACAUUAAAUAACCUCAAUCUUCUCAAAUAUAGUAAGGGACAGCAUAUAAUUUGCGUCGACAAAGACACCAUUACGCAGCAUCAUGUUGCGAUGCAAAAAUGUAAACUACGCAUAGAUUCAAACUGUCUGCGCUGGACCCCAAAAUACUGAUCCAAACGCUCAAUGACCGCUGGAAAGCAUUAACCCAUCGAUUGCGGAAACUUUUAUACAUUCUAAUAAUUUCUGAGCCAACUUCUUACAUAUAAGUUCACACAUACAUAUAUUAAUCUAACAUAUUUAAAGAGCUUGGAGCUUUAUUGCUAAUAAGCAAACCUUAAUCAACACUUUGACACAAAUAUUAUUAAUUGUUUCUUAUAAGCACAGCUAUAAGUGUUUUAUGUGUACUGUAGAUGGGCGUCCAGACAGAUUUCCGCGAACGAUAAUCUUCUUUCAUAAAUGUACAUACCUGUUCACAUUUGUAGAAACACUUUGAGUACUUGCAUUUUUGAGUUCGUUUUAAGCCGACGAAAACAUUUUAUUUUAAGAAGUCAUCAAUGUAUCAAGCAAAAGCAUUGAAAUUGAAUUGUUGCUCAA